AUGAGUGGCCUCAGCAAUGUUAUCAAAGGGGGCUGGAACUCCGACGGUAAAGGAGGCAAAAAGGAGAGCUGGCGUAAUGAUUCAAGGGCAUCCAAGGGCAUCAACCAAGUGGCCGGAUGGAUGGGGAAAGGAAAGGACACCAAUGAAUCCGACAGGUCCGAUCAUGUCUCCCGUCCAUUAUCCUCAUUAAAGGACCCUGCCUCGUUUGCUCCUCCUCCCAAGCACAUCAACUACCACGGAGCUGCCGCUCUGCCCAACCAGACGACUCCAGAUCGGAGUGGCAUUGGGGCCCCGCUCACUCAGACCCAAGUGAACGAACAGAAUGCACACCAAGAACAGGCUAUCGCGGCGGAAGAGGAAGCAGCGGCGAAACCCAAACCUCCUCCGGUCCCAUAUCGGGUGAACACCACGGGGCUGUCAACAGAAAAUCUGCCCCCUCCACCGGUUCGACGACUUGACUCGCCGAGCCCCGGUUCAUCCACCAACACUGCUGCGACAUCGAAGCCCAAGCCUUCCCUCCCUCCUCGAGUUCCGCCGCGGAACCUUCCAUCCCAAUCGCAGGGCGAUACUCCGCCACCUGCCUACAGCCCAGUGGCGCCUCCACCAUCCGACGGAUAUAUCAACCAGGAAGCUACAUCACGCCUCGCCAGCGCUGGCGUGUCAGUCCCUGCUUUAGGGAUUGGCGAGGAGAACGGUCAAUUGCAGGGACACACCACGACAGGCGAUGCACCUGUCAAUGAAUUACAAUCCCGCUUCUCAAACAUGCAAACCGGACCAACCUCGCGAGCUGCGCCCCCUCCUCCCCCGGCCCGACCUUCCACACUACAAUCGGCUCAGGCAUUUAAAGACAAGCAUCAAGACAAGAUCGACAUGGGCAAACAGAAACUCAGCGGGGCAGCUUCAGGGGCGAGAAAAUUUGUUGACGACCACCGAUCUCCAUCAGCUACAUCAGCUUCUCCAUCCUAUGCCUCUGUUCUUCCUCCUCGUAACGCGGAGGAUUCACCACCCGCUCAGGGAACACUUCAAUCAGCUCAAGCAUUUAAGGACAAGCAUCAAGAUAAGAUUGACAUGGGCAAACAGAAACUCAGCGGGGCAGCUUCAGGGGCGAGAAAAUUUGUUGACGACUACCGGUCUCCGUCUGCUGCACCAUCCUCUCCAUCCCAUGCUGCUUCUGAUCUCCCUCCUCGGGAUGCGGAGGAGGCUUUACCAGCCGCCCAGGGAUUCCGGGCACGACAUGCAGACAAGAUCGACUUGGGCAAGCAAAAACUCGGUGGAGUGACCUCUCGCUUCAACACGAUGGUCGAUGACCACAAGUUCAACGCGGCGGCGAACAAGCGGAUGCCGCGGCCACCCGGUCCCAGUUCUCCCGCGACCAGCUCCCCUGUUGCCCCAGCCCCAGAUGCUAAUUACUCGGGCUCGGCAGGAACCGGCGCUACGGUUGAAGCUCAGGCCCGCAAGAAGGCGCCCCCUCCCCCGCCGCCGAAGAGAGCGGAUAUGCGAGCACCGGCCAGCGAUUCGCCAGUCUCGUCAGCGGCAUCGACACCGCCACCAGUACCACUCAACACGAAGCCCCGCUGA